AUGGAUAAGCUAACGGCUUUAGCUUCAGAAGCUUUCAUAAACCAGAAGCCAGUACAUGAGUUUCUUGUUUUUACCUCUUUAAAACCCCCUCUCAUUUAUUUCUCCCCAAAGUUUUCCGAGAGAGAGAGAGAGAGGUCUCAGCUUCUAAUGGAGAGGAUUCAAGGACAAAACAAGCUCUGUUCUUUGGAUCAAAAAGUAAAUGUGAGAAGAAGCAUACAAGUUCAAGGAUCUGCAGAGGAUCAAAGCUUUCCCCUUGAGGAAGAUCAGUUCUCAACUCCAAGCUUGCAAGAUACAAGAAUUCCAUUUUUACAAAUGAUGCAACAAAGUGAAGAAGACCCUUCUUCGGUUUUGUCCUUUAAAGACCCAAACUUUCUAGCACUACUCUCUCUUCAGACACUCGAAAAGCCUUGGGAACUCGGAAGCUACCUCCCACAUGAAGUUCCAGAGUUUCAUUCGCCGAUCCAUUCUGAAACCAACCGGUACUACCAGAAUCCAUCUUUGGAGCGAGUCAAUGAAGCAAUCUCAAGCCAAGAAUUUCAGGUGAACCAAACAGACAAUGCGAAUUCAAGACGCAAACGCAAAAACAACAGCUUGGCAACAUCGACGACCAGAGAAAAGAGAAAGCGAAGGAGAACCAAACCAACAAAAAACACAGAAGAGAUGGAGACUCAACGAAUGACGCACAUUGCGGUUGAACGAAACCGCAGGCGCCAAAUGAACGUUCAUCUCAACUCACUCCGCUCCCUCAUUCCACCUUCCUACAUCCAACGGGGAGACCAAGCCUCGAUAGUAGGAGGAGCAAUAGACUUCGUGAAGGUCCUCGAGCAACACUUGCAAUGCCUUGAAGCGCAAAAGAUAACUCAACAAACCGAUAGCAAAGAUAAUAAUGAUCACAGGGGCAUUUCGUCGAACGAGUUGUGUGCGACUGGUGAAGAACAAAGCAGUAAUCUCAGAAUCGAUGCCACAGUGAUAGAGAGCCACGUCAAUCUCAAAAUCCAAUGCCCGAGGAAACAAGGACAGCUUCUCAGAUCAAUCAUUCUGCUCGAGAAGCUUCGAUUCACUGUUCUUCACCUCAACAUCACAUCUCCGUCCAAUGCCUCUGUCUCUUAUUCCUUCAACCUCAAGAUGGAAGACGACUGCAAUUUGGGAUCGGCCGAUGAGAUAACGGCGGCGAUACGUCAGAUUUUCGAAAGCUGAUUAAUGGAUUACAAAAAAAAAAAACACGAAAAUCCAAAAAGGAAACGUAACGUUCUUUCGUAGCUUCGUUAUCUCGAGUAUGCGAAAUUAAUUAUGAUUGGAGUCUUCUCGGCAUGGCACUUGACUUAAGUUACUCUACAGAGUUUUGGGUCCCGCCUGAUAGAUAUGUACAUGAAGUUUGACCUUCGUGUCUUUGUUCUCAUCAUUGUCUCUUUAGCCUUUCUUUUUAGGGUUGACUUUCUUUUUGAAUAAAUAAAUAACAUCUUAUCAGAUAGCAUUGGGUCUGAAUGUUCAAGAUAAAAUAGCCCACAUGUCUUUGUGUAAAUACAAAUGAGGCCCGUUUCAUGUUUUCUAACCAUCAUAAUCAUAUCACAACAUUUCAUCGAUUCAAGAUUAAAAAUUAUACAUUU